CUCAAAGUCCAGCCGGUGGGUGAGCAGGUGAAACCCUUCCUCCGACCUGCUGCGUGGGAAUUGGCUUCCUGGGCAGGAGAGAUGACUCCCACCUGGAGACAUUUGCUAAGAGCUUUGCGUCUGGAGACUUCCUCACCCCGGACCCCCAAGACAUGCCCUUCCCUGAGCCUAGGUGCUUUCUGGAGAUCUGUAACCAAGCUCGGUCUUCAUACGAAACCCAGAAUGCCUCCAUGUGACUUCACGCCUGAGAGGUACCAGUCCAUGCCCUACAGCCGCGCCCUGGAGGUCUACAGGGAGCACCUCUCCCCCGAGCUGGUGUACUUCCCGGAGCCUCUGCUGCUCCACCAGGGCCACAUGCAGUGGCUCUUCGACCACGAGGGAAACAGAUACCUGGACUUCUUCUCAGGGAUCGUCACCGUCAGUGUCGGCCACUGCCACCCGAAGGUGAACGCAGUGGCACAGAAGCAGCUGGGCCGCCUGUGGCACACAAGCGCCCUCUUCUUCCACCCGCCCAUCCAUGAAUACGCAGAGAAGCUUUCGGCGCUUCUCCCAGACCCUCUAAAGGUCAUUUUCUUGGUGAACAGUGGCUCAGAAGCCAACGACCUAGCCAUGCUGAUGGCCAGAGCACACUCAAAGAACACAGACAUCAUUUCAUUCAGAGGAGCCUACCACGGAUGCAGUCCUUACACAAUUGGCUUGUCAAACGUAGGGCAAUUCAAGAUGACACUCCCCGGCGGGGUGGGCUGCCAAUCAACAAUGUGCCCAGAUGUUUUCCGUGGUCCUUGGGGCGGAAGCCACUGUCGAGACUCUCCAGUGCAAACGAUUAGGAAAUGCAGCUGUGCACCAGACUGCUGCCAAGCUAAAGACCAGUAUAUCGAGCAGUUCAAAGAUACUCUCAGCACUUGUGUGGGCAAGUCAAUUGCUGGAUUUUUUGCAGAACCAAUCCAAGGGGUGAACGGGUUCGUCCAGUACCCAAAGGGGUUUCUGAAGGAGGCCUUCCAGCUGGUGCGGGAGCGAGGAGGCGUGUGCAUCGCGGACGAAGUGCAGACGGGAUUUGGAAGGUUGGGCUCUCACUUCUGGGGCUUCCAAACCCACGGCGUCCUGCCAGACAUCGUCACCAUGGCCAAAGGGAUUGGGAAUGGCUUUCCCAUGGCAGCAGUUGUGACAACGCCAGAGAUUGCCAAGUCUUUGGCUAAAUGCGUCCUGCACUUCAACACCUUCGGAGGCAACCCCAUGGCCUGUGCCAUCGGAUCGGCCGUGCUUGAGGUGAUUAAAGAAGAAAAGCUGCAGGAAAACAGUCAAGAGGUUGGCACCUACCUGCUGCUGAAGUUGGCUAAGCUGCGGGAUGAAUUUGAAAUUAUCGGAGACGUCCGAGGCAAAGGCCUCAUGAUAGGAAUAGAAAUGGUGAAGGAUAAGACGAGCCGCCAGCCCCUUCCCCGGGAGGAAGUGAGCCAGAUCCACGAGGACUGCAGGCAGAUGGGCCUGAUCGUCGGCCGAGGCGGCCUCUUCUCCCAGACGUUCCGCAUCGCGCCCUCGCUGUGCAUCACGAAGCCAGAAGCUGAUUUUGCAGUGGACGUAUUUCGCGCUGCGGUCACCCAACACAUGGAAAGAAGAGCUAAAUAAAAUCUAAAACGUAAAAACCCACAA